UCGAAGAUGGCGGAACCCACAAAACGUGCCUGUGUAUUGAUACUAGGAGGUACUGGAUUUAUUGGUAGAAAUCUUGUCCAUUAUUUAGUUCAGAAUGAGCUGGUCUCUAAGGUACGAGUUGUUGAUAAAGUCCCGCCACUAAUGGCCUGGCUGAAUGCAAACCACACAGCGUCAUUUGCGAGUCCACUGGUGGAAUUCAAGCAGUGCAAUUUAAUAAAUCCAGGUUCUGUUGAUGCAGCCUUUGCACUGGAUGAUGGUCAGUUUGAUUACGUCUUCAAUCUCGCUGCCGAGACCAAAUAUGGACAAACAGAACCAGUCUACAAAGAAGGAAUCAUUCGUCUCAGUCACAACUGUUCGACGACCGCCGCCUCCCACAAAGUCAAACUCUACAUGGAGUUCUCCACCGGUCAGAUGUAUUCUUCGGAAAAGACUGAAGAAGAGGAUACAAAACCCGUGACGGAGGAGACAAAGUGUGAACCAUGGACACAAAUGGCGAAACACAAACUGGAAGUGGAGCGAGACCUGGAAAACAUUCCUGAUCUCGAAUACAUCAUCGUCCGACCUGCCGUUGUGUAUGGCAUCGGUGACCGAAACAGUAUUACACCUCGACUUACUAUUGGUGCUAUAUACAAAUAUAUCAAUGAGAAAAUGAAGAUGCUGUGGACCAAAGACCUGAAAAUGAACACUGUUCACGUUGAUGAUCUGUGUCGUGCCAUCUGGCAUCUCUGUUAUCAUGGGAAACGUGGAGAGAUCUAUAACAUUGUUGAUAAAGGAGAUACAGAUCAAGGGAAGAUCAGCAGACUGGUUUCUGAAAUAUUCGACAUCAACUUUGACUUCGUCGGCUCCCUCAUGUCUAACAUGGCCAAAAUCAACAUGCAGCAUGUGGUAGAAGACAUCAAUGAUAAACACAUGGCGCCGUGGGCGGACGCGUGUCAUCGUGAUGGAAUCGCCAGCACACCCCUCAACCCAUUCAUAGACCAGGAAUUACUCUACAACAAACACCUGUACCUGGAUGGAUCCAAGUUGGAGCUGAGUUGUACUUUUCAGUUUUAA